CACCCUGUGACGAGCCGAUGUGAUGUGACAGAGCUGCCAGGAAUCGUCCUCUUUUAUGCCCUGUCAGCAACUACCCACUGCACUGCUGAGCCGAGUUCCCUUCCACUUCCAGUUCCAGCCUUCACUCAGCACGGCAGCCUUCGAUCCCCCGAGACUGCAGCCGCCCGCCGCCCGCGCCAUGGAGCCAGCCGCCCUACCGCAGGUUCCCCGCGUCAAGCUCGGCACCCAGGGGCUGGAGGUGUCGAAGCUGGGGUUCGGGUGCAUGGGGCUCACGGGCUCCUACAACGCGCCGCUCGGCGACGAGGCCGUCGCCGCCGUCGUCGCGCACGCCUUCCGCCGCGGGGUCACCUUCUUCGACACCUCCGACGCCUACGGGCCCCACACCAACGAGACCCUCCUGGGGAAGGCGCUCAAGCAGCUGCCGCGGGAGCAGGUGCAGGUGGCCACCAAGUUCGGGAUAGGGCAGGGCGCCGCCGGCGGCAUGACCGUGUGCGGCACGCCCGAGUACGUGCGCGCCUGCUGCGAGGCCAGCCUCCGCCGCCUCGACGCCGGCUACAUCGACCUCUACUACCAGCACCGCGUCGACACCACCGUCCCCAUCGAGGACACGGUCUGCGUCUCUUGGCCACCUUGCCGGCCGCAUUCUCAUUCUUCUUGCUGCUGCUGCUGCUGUUAUGAACUAGUUAUUGUGCCGAAAUCGAUGCAGAUUGGUGAGCUCAAGAAGCUGGUGGAGGAGGGGAAGGUCAAGUACAUCGGCUUGUCGGAGGCGAGCCCGGACACGAUCCGCCGCGCGCACGCGGUGCAUCCCAUCACCGCCGUGCAGAUGGAGUGGUCGCUCUGGUCCCGUGACAUCGAGCCCGAGAUCGUGCCACUCUGCAGAGAAUUGGGAAUUGGAAUUGUGCCUUACAGUCCAAUCGGCCGCGGAUUUUUUGCUGGAAGAGGAGUGACACAGGAAGUUUCUUCUGUAUCUAGUCUGCAAAGGCAUCCAAGAUUUACAGCAGAAAGCUUGGAGAAGAACAAGCAGAUUUACCUGAAAAUAGAAGACCUGGCCAAGAAGUACCAGUGCAGCCCAGCUCAGCUAGCUCUAGCUUGGGUUCUGCAUCAAGGGGAUGAUGUGGUUCCCAUACCAGGGACAACAAAAACAAAGAACCUAGAUGCCAACGUUGAGUCCUUGAAGGUGAAGCUCACAGCUGAGGACCUGGAAGAAAUUGCCAGCCAGAUACGUGCAGAAGAUGUGGCUGGUGGAAGACAAUACAAUUCCUAUGCACAUACCUCCUGGAAGUAUGCAGAUACACCAAAGAAGUGAAGUUCUGGAAAACAUGUACCGAUAAGAAGCAUAUGCAAAUGUUGAACUAGUUCCCUGCAUUUGAGCCGGAAUCGUACGGAUGAUGAUGCAUUUGAGCCGGAAUCGUACGGAUGAUGAUGCAUUUGAGCCGGAAUCGUACGGAUGAUGAUGUAACUUGUGAACAUGCGGCACUAAUAACUCUAGACGAAGAAUAAUGUGCUUUUCCAUCAGUGAUUAUGAGCAGACGAUGAUUUUAUCCGUGCUUCUUCA